UUAUAACUUGUAUGAUAUAAGAGCGCGUUGGGACGUGGACUAGUUGCAGUUCCAUGCGUUCAAUCUCUCAUAACUGGUCUUCUUCUUCUGUUGGUCUUGGUUCAGGCGCGAGCAUCACCACCCUUCUUAAGGCGUGCAAGAGCAGUGAACAGCUGAAGCAAGUGCACGCUUCCAUCAUCUACCGAGGCCUCGAGCAAGACCACUUCCUCAUCUCCCUUUUCAUUCCCCUCUCACACACCCUCUCCACUCUCUCCUACACCUCCUCCGUCUUCCUCCGUGUCCUCACCCCUUCCACCUUCCUCUGGAACACUCUCAUCAAAUCCCAUUGCCACAACAGCUGCUUCUCCCAAACCCUCUCCUCCUUCACUCGCAUGAAGGCGCACGGGGUCCUUCCCGACACCUUCACCUACCCUUCUGUCAUUAAGGCCUGUUCCGCCACGUGCAAGCCGCGGGAAGGAAAAUCGCUUCAUGGGUCCGCGUUCAGGUGUGGAGUCCAUCGGGACCUCUACGUGGCCACCAGUUUGGUCGACAUGUAUGGCAAAUGCGGGCUGAUUGCUGAUGCUCGCAGGGUGUUUGAUGGAAUGUCUAAGAGGAGUGUCGUUUCCUGGACUGCUAUGCUUGUUGGGUACGUUGCCGUUGGGGAUGUUAUGGAGGCCGAGAAGCUGUUUGGUGAGAUGCCGCAGAGAAAUGUGGCUUCUUGGAAUGCGAUGUUGCGGGGUUUUAUCAAGGCGGGGGAUUUGAGUGGUGCUAGAGACGUGUUUGACGCUAUGCCGGAGAAGAAUGUUGUUUCUUUCACCACCAUGAUUGAUGGGUAUGCUAAAGUGGGUGACAUGGUGGCCGCGAGGUUCUUGUUUGAUCGUGCUACGGGAAAGGAUGUUGUUGCUUGGUCUGCUUUGAUAUCGGGUUAUGUCCAAAAUGGGCAGCCUAAUCAGGCGUUGAAAGUGUUUUUUGAGAUGGAAUCGAUGAAUGUGAAGCCUGAUGAGUUCAUACUGGUUAGCUUAAUGUCCGCCUCGGCGCAGUUGGGACAUUUAGAACUCGCUCAAUGGGUUGAUUCUUACGUAAGCAAGAGCUGUAUUGAUGUUCAGCAGGACCAUGUAAUUGCGGCGCUUCUGGAUAUGAAUGCAAAAUGUGGAAACAUGGAUAGAGCUUCGAAAUUGUUUGAGGAAAGACCUAAACGAGAUCUAGUCUUGUAUUGUUCGAUGAUACAAGGGUUGUCGAUUCAUGGGCGUGGGGAACAGGCCGUGAAUCUGUUUAACAGGAUGCUGAUGGAAGGGCUGUAUCCGGAUGAGGUGGCCUUCACAGUCAUUCUCACAGCCUGUAGUCAUGCUGGGCUUGUUGAUGAGGGCUGGAACUACUUCCAAUCCAUGAAACAAAAAUACUACAUUAGUCCUUCGCCUGAUCACUACGCGUGUAUGGUUGAUCUUCUAAGCCGGUCAGGACACAUAAGGGAUGCUUAUGAACUUAUAAAAUUAAUGCCUGAGCCUCAUGCCGGUGCCUGGGGUGCACUUCUUGGGGCAUGUAAACUAUAUGGUGAUUCAAAGCUGGGAGAGAUUGUUGCCAAUCGACUUUUGCAGAUUGAUCAUCUGAAUGCAGCUAACUACGUGCUGUUGUCUGACAUCUAUGCGACAUCAGAGCGAUGGAUUGAUGUUUCCCUUGUGAGAAGUAAGAUGAGGGAAAGGAGAGUGCGUAAGAUACCUGGUUGCAGUAAAAUUUAGUCCAGGGCCGAGUUGUUCUGGUAUAUGAAUUUCUGAAAUGGGAAAUUUGGUUGCAGAACAUGGAAGCCGAUAUGAAUUCAUUUUCAGAUGAUCUGGAAGCUUUAGCUGUUGCCCCAUGGUUGUUAAACUGUCAGUGGAGAAAUAUGAACUGACCCUUCUUUCUUCAUACGCUAAACACCAAACCGUAUACUGCUUUCUCUCCUCAGUACACUUCACUGCACUAUUAUUCUAAAGUGAGUUAUCCUGGUACUAAAUGAAGAUAGAAUGGGUUGGUGAUCGAUAAAAAAGGUUAGAGAAGCCGCGAAAAGUUUCAACUACAAGGUAAUAUAUACACAGUACCAAUAUUCACACAUUCUUGCAAUAUGAUUGAAAAAAUAAGUGUGGGAUUGGUGAGUCUCCUUGGACGUGUUGGUUGGAAUGAGGAGCUCCAUGGAGUGUUUGAGCAGGAGCAAAUGAAGGUUGGAGACUUAGAUGGUGGCGAAUUGAUUGGUGAUGAAGAAAUUCUAAAAAUGUGAGACCAACUUUAGAAGAGGAAGGCUAGAGGAGAUUCUAAAUGAAUGUUCUAGCUAGGUGACUCCGAAAGAAUAUUCGUAGAGUAAUCUCAACAGCAUAUCAUUGCACAUUCAAGAGUGUCUUACAAGAGGGGAGACCUUCAUUUAUAGUAGAAAGCAGACUUUCAAAUGCAAACGAAAUGCUACUUGAAAUGAAAUGCAAAUGUAGCUAUGCAAUGUGAAACAUGUGCGCUUAGAUCUAGAUCUAAGAUCCAUGAAUUGCGGAUCACAAUAAGAUCCAUGAAACAUCGGCCUUGGAUUUUGGAAUUGGGCUUGAGCGAACCCAAUUUCAAAAGCUAGGUGAGUUAUGAUCCAACUACUCUUAGGAAUUUUCCAAUUUUUUUGGAAAGCAUGACCUAAACACUUAACCCUCUUUAAAUCUAUACUAUUGGACCAGGACAAACCCAUCAUAUCUUGGUAUCUUCCUUGACCCAUGAAAAUAACAUUUGAAGCCCAUGAAGCCCAUUGGGCUCAUGAAGAUCCAGCUCUUCCUGUAUCCUUCUGAUUGGGCCUAUGGUUGGGCUUAGCCAUGCAUUGCACAUUGAACACAUGUUGUAGAUGAGGGAGGCGUGACCAAACCAGGUGGCAUGUGAUCCGAAAUCCAUGGAUCUUAGAUCUAGAUGUUUCACAUUGCAUAGCCACAUUUGCAUUCCAUUUCAAGUUGCAUUUAGCUUGCAUUUGGGAGCUUGCUUUCUACUAAAAACAAAGGUUUUUCCUUCCUUGUAAGACACUCUUGAAUGUGCAAUAGUAUGCUGUUGAGAUUACUCCGCAAAGUUCACUUAGUUAGAGCAUUCUGGUAGAAUCUCCUCUAUCCUUCCUCUCUAAGUUGGCCUCACCUCUUUAGAGUUUUUUCACCACCACUCAAUCUCCCACCACCUAAGCCUCUAAUCUUCAAUUGUUUCCGCUCAAACACUUCAUGGAGCCUCUAAUUCCAGCCAACACGUUUAAGGAGGGAGACUCAUCAAGUGGUAUCAAUAUGAUUGAAAAAUAAGUGGGGAUGCUUAGUCAAUGGUGUAGUUAUACUUUUUCCUUCGUUUAGAAGAGAAAAAUACUCAUUAUUUAGUUAGGUUAGACUGGAUCAUGUAAGUUGUUUAUGAAAUUAACAUAAGUAUAGGCGCCAAAUAAAUAUAAGCACAUUCAAGAUUGCUUUGGACAAAUUUAUUGAACACCUAGUUUAUUCUUCGUAUUAAAAAACGAAAGGCUAGUCUUAUUGCCGUGUUUUCAUUUGCGUGUUAUACUCAUACAUUAUGCUAAUUAUCGGACUCUCUUGCUAGAGGUGCUGUGAAUUUUCAAUUUCAGUAAGCCUAGAUAAAUAUGGCCAAUAAAUAUGGCCUAGAUAAAAUGGGAGGUCCAAUAUCACCUUUAUUGUUUAUGCCUUUGUAACUCAUCCUAAGGAUUUUGGAACCAUUAUCCAUUUCAUGUUGCCAAACAUAUCUAAGACAUCUUGCAGCAUGACAGACUUACGAGGAUGUGCUUCUAUGUAAAGAACUUUCCAACAACCAUAAUUUUAUUAUGAGUAUGUUCUUUUAAGAUACAUUCCUUCCAUAUCAAAUUCCGGGGAAUACUUAUGGUAAGAUGACAUGCUGGGUUCUGCAUGAGGAUUGUAAGUUUUGAAGUUAAAAUUUGGCACGAGGAAGGUCUCUAUGAUUAGAAGGAAGAUAAUUCUACUUCAAUUUUAGUUGAGAAUCUCACAGUUUUUUUUUUUUUAUGUCUAGAUUCCACGGAAUCAAGUUGUUUAUCUUAGCAGCAAUAGUUUUAUUUAUGAAUGAAAGUAUAAUUAGUUCUCUUAGCUGCACAAAUAAACUUCAAUAGCAGUUUAUGUCUUCAACACUUAAAUUUGUUAGGAAUUAUAUGAUUGAUCUAGUGGUAAAAGUUGAAAGGGAGAGUGAAAGAGGUUUUGAGUUCAAUUUUCUCACUAACAUUUGAAGAUAUAAGAUUGAUUUGAAAGAUUUGGAAGAUUGGAAAGGUUAUGGGUUCAAUCCCUAACAAAACUAACU